CUUAGGGCUCGGCCAGGGAUAUUCUACGACACAGGAUGGGUUGGCGUUAAACAUAUCCAACGGUCACGAUCGCCAAGGCUUUGGGAGAAAUUCCCCAUUUUUUUUUUCCUCUUUUGGUUCCUUCCCUUUGUAACUGAGGUUCAGGCGUUUGGUAUAAUGGUGGUGGGCGAUGAGGCGGCUUGGAAUUCGGGGACAAUGGAGCACUUUUACCUUCCUUCUCUGGCGAGACUCAAGCCAACAGCAGACAUCUCACUUCUCGCCCUUUGGGCUACCUGGAAAAGGAUAUAUUCAUAAACGCUGUACGCACUUGACAUGCCUCGCUCCUGGUCUUAAUUUGGGGGCCGGAGGCGGCUGGGUUUGUCCCUCGACCGUUUGUUCCUGUCUCUGCUGGGACGGUACCAGAUGUUAUAAUGGAGAUACGGUAGUCAGUAACUCAGGUGCGCGAAAUGAACAUAGCAUAGCUUUAUUGGAAGUUACAAGUCGCCAUGCAACGUCAAUUUUUUUUUUCUUUCUCUUUUUCGGUGCCGAAUUAUAGCUGCGCCAUGUCCAUGUUCCCAAUAUUGACGCCCUGACGACACUCCCCGUAAGAACCUCUCGUAGAAAACGUACGAAUGCUGCCGCUAGCCUCGUGGUCCAGUGGUAUAUGGCCCG